AUGGGCGGAAAGGUGAUUAACGAAUCCGUUACUCUACGCGAUCACGAAGCACGGCCGAAUUAUGGUGCAACAGAACACGAUGACAAUUCUGUGUUCAUUGAAGACCCCUAUAUAAAUUCCGCAGGCGUCGAUCCCAGUGAAAACGAACAGAAAGGAUCGAAUUGGUCGGCUUACAUCAAUAUCGUAUGCUUGAUUGCCGGAUCGGGAACCCUUGGAAUUCCAUAUGCCAUCCAACAAGGAGGAUGGUUGUCAGUGAUCAUUCUAAUACUCUCCGCAAUAUUGUCAAUCUAUGCAAACAUAAAAUUGAUCGAAUGUCUAUAUCAUAACGGGACGCGAAGAUCUUCGAUGUCAGAGUUAGCCUAUUACGCAUUUGGAAAAGUUGGACUUUACAUUAUUUCUUUCUUUUUUAACAUCGUUACUUUAGGUUGCCCCGUCAUAUAUCUUAUUCUGUGCGGUGAAAAUUUUCAUUCGCUACUUAGUAUGGUAGGAAUUGACAUCGGAAUAAAAAGUUGGGUCUACAUUUGUGCUGUAGUUAUGUCUGUUCCCUUUAUUCUAAUGAAAACGAUGAAAGAAGCUACUUGGUUAAGUAUAUUUGGGGCAUUGACGACAGCCUUGGUUGUAUUAGUCGUAUUCUUUACCUCAAUUAGCGAAUACCCCAAGAAUUCACAAAAUCAACAUGAUCUCCUGAUCAUUCGAGACAUUCCUUUAGCUUUGGCCACUUUUAGUUUCAGCUAUGGUGGAAAUACUGUCUAUCCUCAUGUGGAAGCGAGCAUGGCAAAUCCACGUGAUUGGCCAAAGAUUUUAAGUCUCGCCACGCUUACCAUCACGAUUAUGUACUUAUCAAUCGGCAUUCCUGCUUACCUAACGUACGGUCGAACCACUCUCUCACCUAUAUAUCUCAACCUUCCCUCUGGAUUCGCCACAAACAUGUCCGUAAUAAUGAUCACUGCUCAUAUUCUACUUGCCUUGCCAAUCUAUCAAACCGCCUUCGCUCUAGAGGUCGAAAAUUAUAUUGGCAUAAAUGUACAAAACCUGGGUAAAACCAGAGAAUUCAUAUAUCGAGUGGCAUUUCGAUUAGCCACGGUUCUGUUCACCACCUACUGCGCGAUUAAUUUACCCUUUUUUUCUGAUGUCAUGGCAUUGUUGGGAUCGAUGGGAAAUGGUGUUUUACUAUGUAUCACGCCAAUUAUAUUUUGGAUAAAAUUGUUUGGAUGGAAUCAGUUGAACGGGUGGAAAGAAAAAUCAUUGGUAAUAUUCACGCUAGUGUUUUCUGCAUUGGGUGCAGUUACUGGUACCUUGGAUGCUUUAGAUGCCUUAUGGAAAGAUAUUAUGCGUGAAUGGCCAUAA